AUGUCUGAUUGGAGUUUAAAUUACCUCAACAAUGCAGCAGAGCAGUCAAAGUCUGAUCCACCUGGCUACAUACCUAACCAGCCAAUCAAGAAGCGACGCAACAACAACCAAGUUUCUUUAGAGCAAACCAACGAAGCCAAUAAAAAGUCGUUAGAGCUGCGAUCCAUAAAGCACAACAAAGCAUGGGAGACUGCCAUCGCACCUGGCAAAGCACUCUUCACUACCGCUGUCAUGAUGUACAUGUCUGGUUCAGGUAUACAGAUAUUUUCAAUUUCAAUCGUAUUUAUGACUAUAUGGAAUGCGUUGAAAGGCUUCACUAAAGUUGAAAGCACGUUCAGACCAUUCCAAAUCAAUCAAACUAUACCACACGCUACUUUCAUCUCAAAUGAGCAACUCGAUUUCACUCCGCAGAAGCUUGCUUUCAUCGCUUGCCAAAUCGUUGCACUCGGGUUGGGCCUUUACAAGGCUGACACUAUGGGCCUCCUCCCUUCACGCUCUUCUGACUGGAUUGAGUUCUGGAGUGAGACACCACUUACUGCCAUGUCUCCUGGAAGUGUCUCACCCCUCUAUUAG